AUGACUACAAAUCAACAAGAAUAUGAUGAACAAUUAUGCGUUCUUCAAGAACGUUUCCCACAAGAAUCAAAAGACAAAUUAAUGCGUCUUUUACAACGACACAAUGGUGAUAUUGAUCAGGUUCGUGCACAUCUUGUUCAACGAGAAUAUCAUGCUAAUAAAUGGACUACACUUGAAACACGUUUUGGUGCAGCAGUAACGACAUUACAACAAGAAUUACCAUCGAGUCAAUCAAUGAAACGUAUUCGUUUAUUGCAAAUUAUGGAAUGUUUUAGUGGUGAUGUUGAACAAGCUCGAAACUUUUUACAAAGUUUUCGAGAACAACAUCAUAAACAUGAUGAAAAUUCAAAUAUAUCUCGACAUAAAAAACGAAAAGAAUUAAGAGAAAAAUAUGCUACUCAAUUAGCUGAAUUAAGUACAGCUGGUAUUAAUGUUAAUUGUCCAUGUAUACUUCGACAAUUGGAGAAAAAUCAAGGCGAUGUUACCAAGGUUAUGGAAAGAAUGUCACGGCAUGCAGCAAAAAAAGAAAAAUUAGCAGAACUUGAUGCAAAAUAUGCAAAUCAAAUUGCGCAACUUGAAAUUGACGGUACAAUAAUUAAAAAUAAACGAAUUUUAUUACAUUUAUUAGAAAAAACUGAUGGACAAGUUGAUGUUGUUAAACAACUUUUAAAUGAAAGAAAACAAAGAACAAAAGAAUAUCGAGAUAAACAUUACAAUGAAGCACAAGAAACAGGAUCAACAUUGAGAAAACGACAGAAAUUAAGUGUUGAUGAUAUGGAUAAUCUUAAACGACUUCGUUCAGCUGGUGUACAUGGGAAUCCAAUGAAAAUAUUAGCAAUCUUUCAUGAAUGUAAUGAAUCAAUUGAAAUGACGGUUGCUCGAACUCAACAAGAACGAGAACAACGUCUUCAAUGUCGAGACGGACGAAAAUUACAACGUAACAUAUUAGUUGAAGCUGAAAAUGGUUAUAUAAAUAUAAAUAAUCGUGAUGAUUGGCCACGUGAUAUCGAACAAGUUUAUUUAGAUGGAAAUAAUAUGAUGUUUGUUGUUGAUUCUCUUCGUCGUUUAUGUUUAAAUCGUUCUGGUAAAAAAACUGAACGUGCUCUAGGAGAAAUAGCUUCCGCAUGGAAUGAACAAAUGCAUAUACCAUAUGUUGAACUUAUCUUUGAUUCAACACAUCAAUUAGAUCAAAUUGGUACAGUUAAAAUUUCAAGUGCUCAACCAAAAUAUCGAACAACUGAUGAUAUGUUAGUUGAAAUUACACAACAACCAGAAAAUCAUGAAAAAAAUAAACGUACAAUUAUUGUAACGUCUGAUCGAGGUUUAGCGGCACUUGUAAGUUUAUAA